AUGCAAGAAGUACACGCAUUUGAGUUGUUGAUACAAGUAAAACAAGGGGAUGAGCAAGGAAGACAUUAUGAAUUUGAAAGAUAUUAGACAACUUCACAUGAUGUACAAGUACUACUAGUAUCUUAAUAUGUCUUGCAAGAAGUUUCACAAAUUGAUCCACACAUGUUAAACAUACAGUGCUGGCACAAUAACUAGGGCAAUCUAAACAAUUCGAGCCAGAUUUAUAAGACUUUGGAAAGCAAGUUGAGCAAUCAUUUGAAUUGCUACAAACUUUACAACUAUCUUAACAAACCUCACAAUAAUAAACUCUAUUAUAUGCAUAACCUUGAAAAAAAAAUAUAUAAAAAGUAUUUCGAUAAAAUUCUGGCAAGCAUGUGUUACAAGUUGUACUAGACCCAACAUCAUUAUAGCAGUUACAACUUUUCUUGA